GGGUGGAGCUAACAUUGUCUUAGAGAAAUUAAAGAGACAGGGAGGACAGCUAAACUGAUCCUUGCCGUGCAUGGAUAGUUUGUAGGAACUCUCAGUGGUUGUCUGCUCCCAUCAAAGGCACUCAUGGAGGAGGUGUUCAUUAAGAGAUCACAGCAGAAGAAAAAGACAUCACCUCUCAACUACAAGGAGAGAUUAUUCAUCCUGACUGACACCAAAAUCUCCUACUAUGAAUAUGACAGUGAACGAAUGAAACGAGGGAACAAGAAAGGGUCAAUCGAGAUGGAAAAAGUCAAGUGUGUGGAAAGAGUAACUGCUGAGGAAAAUUGUCCCCUGGACAGGCAGUAUCCAUUCCAGAUUGUGUAUGAUGAGGGCCCUCUCUAUGUUUUUGCCAAGAAUGAAGAUGUGCGGAAACAAUGGAUCAAAGAGUUGAACAACAGAAUCCGGUUCAAUCAGGAGUUGAUGCAGAAAUACCACCCAUGUUUUUGGAUAGAGGGAGAAUGGUCCUGCUGUCAACAGUCAGCUAAGAAUGCACCUGGAUGUUCCAUCAUCAAGUCCAUGAAUUCCUUUCCUUCAGCAGGGAAUUCUCGGCGUAAAUCCAGGAAACCUCUUCCUCCAACUCCAGUGGAAGAACAGCAGCAGCAGAUGAAACGAGCUCCACCUCCCCAGCCUAGCUCCACACCCACAAAGGUUGUUGUUGCACUAUAUGAUUAUCAGAAGAUGAGUCCUGACGAUCUGUCUCUCCAGAAGGACGAAGAAUAUAUUGUCUUGGAUGACCAGGAUCAACAUUGGUGGAAAGCUAGAGACAUGCGCGGACAGGAAGGAUUCAUCCCCAGUAAUUACGUGGUGGAAUCUGGGAACAAGCUUGAAACAUAUGAAUGGUAUAACAAAGAAAUCACAAGGAGCAAAGCAGAGCAGCUGCUGAAACAGGAGGGUAAGGAAGGCGCAUUCCUGCUCAGGAACUCAAGCCAGGCUGGAAAAUACACAAUGUCUGUGUACAGCAAAGCACCAGGGGAUCAGAGUGGAAAAGUCAAACACUACACAGUGUGUGUGACACCAUCCAACCAAUACUACCUUGCAGAGAAACACACCUUCAAUUCGAUUCCAGAACUGAUCAACUAUCACCAGCACAAUGCAGCAGGGCUUGUUACCAGAUUACGGCACCCAGUCUCACAGCAGAGCAAGAAAGCUCCAUUGACAGCUGGAUUUGGUUAUGGUGCCUGGGAGAUCAAUCCUGUUGACCUAACAUUCCUGAGGGAGUUAGGGAAUGGACAGUUUGGUGUUGUGAAACACGGUAAAUGGCGAGGGCAGUAUGAGGUCGCCAUCAAAAUGAUCAAAGAGGGCUCCAUGUCUGAGGAUGACUUUAUCGAUGAGGCUGAAACAAUGAUGAUGUUGAAACAUGACAAGUUGGUGCAGUUAUAUGGUGUCUGCACAAAACAACGACCGAUCUAUAUCGUCACUGAGUUUAUGUCAAAUGGUUGCUUGCUGGAUUACUUGAAGAAACAUGGGAAAAAAUUGAGCAGCUUACAACUGCUGGAGAUGACCAAGGACGUGUGUGAAGCCAUGGCAUAUCUUGAGUCACAUCGAUUCCUGCACAGAGACCUUGCUGCCAGGAACUGCUUGGUUGAUGAGGCGGGGACUGUGAAGGUAUCAGACUUUGGUCUAAGCAGGUAUGUCCUCGAUGAUGAAUACACAAGUUCGCAAGGUUCCAAGUUUCCCGUUCGAUGGUCUCCUCCUGAGGUUCUCAACUUUGCCCGAUUCAGCAGCAAGUCUGACGUGUGGGCCUUUGGGGUCCUGAUGUGGGAGACCUUUGCUUUGGGGAAAACGCCUUAUGAGCGAUUCAGCAAUGCUGAUGUGGUAGAUCACAUACUUCAAGGGCGCCGCCUAUACAGACCUCAACAGGCCUCUGAGACUGUCUACAGCAUCAUGUACAGCUGCUGGGAUGAUAAAGCAGAUAAUCGCCCUUCUUUCAACAUGCUGCUGAGUAGUAUCCAGGAGCUGGUGGAAGAUGACAGUCAAGCAUGAGGGAAUUCUCCACUGUCUUACCCAGAGCUACUAAACUUCACAUUCCCUCUUCGCCAAUUCAAUGUGUUUUCAUUUUGCAACCUUCCUGCAAUGAUUAAAAAAUGUCUACUAGCUUUUCAAUUUGGUCUAAAUGUAGACUCACACCAAUAUAUAUAGACAUAUAUACCUGUACACAAAUGCACAUCAACAG